AUGAUUCUCCCCAACUCUGCUCUUCACUCUGCCCUUGCUGUUGCACUGGUUACUGCACUUCCGGCGAACGCAGCGCCGACACUUAUGUCCCAGCGCUCAACGCCCGAACUCAGCUUGGCAGCUCAGCUACAACUUGCAGACACAACUGUCGAGCGUUAUCAACUCCUUCCAAAGGAUGAAGACUUUGUCUAUGAUUUUAGCAAGAGUCCAGAUCUUCCUUUCGCCAAUCGUAAGACCUUUCCAGCUCUAACCGGUUAUGGAACUUCAUUUAGUCUCUCUGCUCUUCCAGCAUGCAGCAUGAGCUUCGUUCACCUUCACCCUCGUGCUACCGAGCUUUUUGCUCUUACGUCUGGCCGUGUUCUCACAGAAAUGGUGCCCGAGGGAAACAUCCUUGAUUCUGAUAAGAAGCAACGCGUCAUCCGCACCGAGCUCCACCCCGGAAUGAUGACCAUCUUCCCGGCUGGUUCGUUCCACACACAGGUGAACCCAGAUUGUGAGCCCGCCAACUUCACGGCAGCACUCACAGCUGAGGACUUUGGAAUCUCCCUGGUCGCAGAUCAAACAUUCUCCUUCACUGAUGACGUGAUUGCCCGUACAUUUGGUCAGAGUAUUUCUGGCGAGGAUAUCGAUCGUGUGAAGGAUGCUAUCCCAGGUGCUACUCUUAUCAGGGUUGAGGAAUGCCUGAGUAAAUGUGGUAUUCAGAAGCGUCAGGCUUGA